GCGACCAACAAUCACAGACGCACGCCGCCCACUAGAGUCCUAGGCAACACUGCGCUCAAGCUGGAAUCAGCCUGCCGGCUUGGUCCACAGAACGAGCACAUUUCGACCUGCGAUCUCUACACAGCUACGACCCUUGACGAAACCCCCCUCCGAUGCGUACACAUGAUCGGCAGCAGACAACACUCAUGGGAUACCCCAGUGACCUCGAGUAGCCACCGCCCAUCAUGUCCAAGAUCGAGAAGCUCUCCAUCUCUGGAGUUCGCUCCUUCAGUCCCAUGACCAGGGAGACGAUUCAGUUCAACACGCCCCUGACCCUCAUUGUGGGCUACAACGGCUCCGGCAAGACGACCAUCAUCGAGUGUCUCAAGUAUGUAACCACCGGCGAGCUGCCGCCCAACAGCAAGGGCGGUGCCUUCAUUCAUGACCCAAAGCUUGUCGGCGAGCGUGAGGUCAUGGCCCAGGUCAAGCUCAAGUUCAAAACGCCACCCGACACCUCCCACGUCGUCACUCGCAGCAUCCAGCUGUCGGUCAAGAAAACUCAGCGCUCUCAGAAGACACUCGAAGGCUCCAUCUCCACAACACGUGAAGGCGAGAAGACAAGCCUUUCAUCCAAAGUCGUCGAGCUCGACACCUUGGUGCCAGCCUCCUUGGGCGUUUCCGCGGCAAUCCUGGACGCAGUCAUCUUCUGCCACCAGGAUGAGUCCCUGUGGCCUAUGAGCGAGCCAAGUGCCCUCAAGAAGCGGUUCGACGAAAUUUUCGAGGCGAUGAAGUACACAAAGGCUAUAGAGAACCUCAAACUGCUCCGCAAGAAGCAGGGCGAGCAACUCACGCAGCUCAAGAUCCACGAGACACAGGACAAGACAAAUAAGGAAAAGGCAGAUCGUUGCGAGAGGCGUUCUGUCGGACUGCAAGAGGAGAUCGAAGCACUACGCGUGCAAUGCGAACAGACCACAGAGCAGAUUGAAGGCGCGGAGCGUGCAGCAAAAAAGCUGUACCAGGACGCCAAUCGAUACCUCGGAAUCGUCAACGAGCUCAGAGACAAGGAACGACACCUGGAGUACCGCACACGCACUGCUGAAGAGACGAAGGCGAGGAUGGACGAAAUCAAGCAGAGCGACGAGUGGCUACGAGACACGUUAGCACAAUACGAGGAAAGAGCCGCCAGACUUCAGCAGGACUACCACGAAAACUUGGAGCAACAGAACGACUAUCAGACGCAGCUGUCACAGGCUCGUGGGGACUUGUCGAAUCGGCAAGCAGAGCGGGGAAGACUCGAGUCGGACAGGGACAAAUAUGAGCGUCAGAUCGAGUCUCGAGUGGAACUGAUACAUAGUGCCGCGAGAUCACACAAUAUCCGGGGUUUCGAUAGUGACCUGGACGAUAGCAAAGUCCAAGCAUUCCAGGAACGAGUCCAGAAACUGUUAUCAGACAAGAAAAGAGAGCUCGAGCGCCUGCAGAAAGAGAACGCUGAUGACCUGGAUAGCAAAACUGGCGUGAUUACUGAGCUAGAGGGCCGCAAGGCCGCACGUACCCAGGAUCGUGUCUUUGCAAAGCAGAGAAUCGGAGCUGUGGACAAGCGGUCCCUGGCGCUUCAAAAGGAUCUCAAUGCUGUCGAGAUUGACGAGGGCGCCAAAGCAGUUCUCGACUCAGGGUUCGCGGAUCUCGGGCAGCGCCUUUCCAAGACAAAUGAGGACCUGCAAGCGGCCGACCUCGACAACAAGCUCCAGUCAGAGAAUGAUCACCUCCAACAGCUCGAGGUGGAGUCCAACAAGCUCGGCAGGGAACUUGUCGAGUGCACGCGGCUCGCAUCUGAUCGCGCACAAUUGGAUUACAGGAAGAAUGAGCUGGCUGAGAAGAAGAAAAAGCUCGACACCUUAUCAAGCACGUGGACCGACAAGGUUACAAACAUGCUGGGCGGCGCCUGGCAGCCCGAGACUGUGGAGAAACAGCACCAGACUGUCGUUCAGAGUAAACAAAAGGUGCUGGACGAGGCCAUGCAAAAGCGGGACCAGACUUUACAGAACCAGAAGCAGGUGCAGUACACGCUCAAAGAUGCCAAGGAAAGAGCAAAGAAACGGGAAGACGAAAUUGCAAAGUGCAAGGCUGCCGUCCUGAGUGUCCUCCAGCAGGCCAAUCCGGAGGAGAGCCCUAGCAUGGACGACUUCUCCGCCACCGUGAACAAGUUCGAAGACGAUGUCUUGACGCUCGAAAAGGACAUUGCUCUCAGUGGAGAGAUGACGAAGUAUUAUGAGAAAUGCCAAAAGACCCUGAGCAAGCGCAACUGUUGUGAGUUGUGCUCUCGAGCCUUUGUUGAUGACGCAGAGAAAUCCCGGCUGGUCAAGAAGAUCAAGGAGGCACUUGCUGGGAUCGACAGAGAGGAUUGGAAGGCUGAGCUCGCCGAGUACGAAACCAUUCUUGGCUCUCUGCGUGCCGUUCGCCCGCAAAGCGAGAUGUACAACAAGUUGAUACUCGAAAAGCCUCUUCAAGAGCGGGAGCUGCAAAGCUUGCUAGAAAAGGACGAGGGCAUCGUGCGACAACUGGAGCAACUAGACGAGGUCGUGCGAGAGAAGCAGGACAAUCUCCAGGAUGCACAAUCGAUGGGCAGAACAAUCCAAAGCAUAUCUCAACUCUGGAAAGACAUCGCCGAGGCAGAGAUACAAGUCGAUCGGAUCAUGUCACAGCAACAAUCAGGAGGCUCGAUUCGCAGUGUCGAGGAGAUCAAUGAGCUACAGCAUGACUGCAAUGUCAAAAUGCGAGCGUCCAAAGACAAGAUCUCAAGAUUGUCAGCAGAGAGACAGCGCAUGCGCGACCUUAUUAGUGCUCUGGAGCUCGAGAGAAGCGAAUUUCGCAACAAGAUCAGCAAUGCAGUCCGUCAGCUGGAAAGAAAGCAGGACCUGCAGAAUCAGAUACAAUCGCUCAAGGAAGAUGCCAAUGCGCAGCGCGAAGCUAUUCAGCAAGCAGACAAGGACCUUGAAGCCAUUGAACCCGAGAUAGCCAAGGCAAGGACCAUUCGCGAAGAUACACUGCAGAAGGGUCGUGCGAAGGAGGGGAGGGUGGCUGAAGAGCGAGAUGGUCUCGCAGGGACUGUUGCAGAGCUCAAGAUGGCCAGUAGCGAUAUUGAAGACUAUCUCAGCCGUGGCGGACCAUCAGCGCUGAUAUCGAACGAGCGAGCUAUCCAGGCCUUGAAGCAGAACAUCUCUCGCCUUGAGAAGGACAUUGCCGAUCUUGCCACACGGAUCGACAAGGUCAAGGCCGAGAUGGCCAACAGCACAGGCAACAAGAAAAACAUCAUGGACAAUCUCAGUUACAGAGAGAGCAUCAAGGAAAUCAGCACUUUGGAGGGAGAGAUUGAGGAGCUUGAGUCGCGCAACGCCGAGGAAGAUUACGAUCGCCUUCACCUCGAAGCCAAGUCGGAAGAGUCCAAGCGCGACAUGCUCACCGCAGAGCGGGCAUCUAUGAUGGGAUCCAUGAAAACCAAAGACGAGGAGCUGGCACGUCUGCUGGUCGAAUGGGAGACGGACUACCAAGAUGCCGCGCGGAGAUAUCGCGAGACACACAUCAAGGUGGAGACGACCAAGGCAGCCAUUGAGGACUUGGGCCGGUACGGUCAGGCGCUCAACAACGCCAUAAUGCGCUACCACGCCUUAAAGAUGGAGGAAGUCAAUCGCAUCAUCGGCGAACUGUGGCAGGCCACGUAUCAGGGCACAGACAUUGACACAAUCUUGAUCAAGUCGGACACAGAAGCCACGUCUCGCGGCACAUACAACUACCGUGUGUGCAUGGUGAAGCAGGAUACCGAGAUGGACAUGAGAGGCCGCUGCUCAGCGGGCCAAAAGGUGCUGGCGUCUAUAAUUAUCCGCUUAGCUCUGGCGGAGACGUUUGGUACGAGCUGCGGCCUUAUCGCACUCGACGAGCCCACGACCAACCUGGAUCGUGACAACAUCAAGUCCCUCGCCGAGAGCCUGCACUCUAUCAUCAAGACCCGCAAGGCGCAGAGCAACUUCCAGCUGAUUGUCAUCACGCACGACGAGGAGUUCCUUCGGCACAUGCGCUGUUCCGACUUUUGCGACUACUUCUUCCGCGUUGCUCGCGAUGAGGACCAGAAGAGCACCAUCCGGCAGGAGAGUAUAUCGUCGGUGAUUUAAGACGGGGGGGAUCAUAGCUAUCGCAGGGGUCUAAUAUACCCACACAUGUUGUGGUGCAGUGAAUCAUUGUAGGACUUUGUGGUCAUCAAUUAGCCAGCCUUGAGUUUAGUACAGCAACCGCAAUGAGCAAUCAAAGAAAAUUCUAUAGUGC